UAAACAAAACACGUCUUGGCCAAAUUGCCUCCUCGGGACGAAACGUUUCGCUCACUCUAAAACACUAAAGAAGUAAAAAACCGUUCUAGUCAAUCUAAAACACUAAAGAAGAAGAAGAGGAAGUAGAAAACGUUCUAAUUAGUUAAAAACACUAUGAGAGAAGGUUUAUGAAAAAAACUAUCGUAAUUUUCAGGAAGUGAAGUGAAGAGGGCAUAUUUACAAGCAUUCUUAGAAAUUCAGAUAUGAGCUACAAAGAGGUCUGCUACGACAUGAGUCACAAACAACGUGGCCACUGUGUGAUAUUUAACCACACCGAUUUUGAUUCACACACAGGAUUAGGAAAAAGGACAGGUUCAGAGGUCAGUUGUCAACAGCUAGUGACAUUAUUUACCAGAUUUGGCUUCAUAAUCAGUGUUCACGAAAAUAUGACAGUGAGCGAAGUGAAGGCAACGUUAUGCAAGUAUGCUUAUGAUAUUGACCACAGUGACUGCGAUGCACUAGUUGUAAUAUUCAUGAGUCAUGGAGAGAGAAAAAAUUUAUAUGGUCGAGAUGGAGCUUUCAAGGAGGAUGUUCUUUUCAAUGAAUUCCUUGCAGACCGUUGCCCAACUCUAGCUGGAAAACCCAAGAUAUUCUUUAUUGAUGCGUCUCGUGGUGAAGGCACACAAAAUGCAGUAACUUUGCCCAAGAAGGAAAACACAGAGUCUUGCCAGGGGGUUCCGGCAUAUACAGGCAAUCCGAUAGAGGUUCAUUUGAGGCAGAAGGGAGAUAUAAGAGAGGAAGUCAUUCCUAAGGAGAUCGCCUGCCAUGCCGACUUUCUGAAGUGCUGGUCAACCCCCCCUGGUUAUUUUUCUUGGCGUAACACAGUCACUGGGUCCUGGUUCGUACAGUCACUCUGUCAAGUGCUCUCCAGGGCCACGGGAAAUGAGGAUAUCAUGGAUCUUUUGACGAAGACUAACAUGGUAUUAAAUUCCACUUUCCAAAGUAAUUGUCCAAGCAUACCAAACCUUCAUGGGAAAAAACAGACAGCUUUUUUUGAGUCCACUCUGACAGCAAAAUUAUAUUUGACACCAUCUUCCUUUAACUAGAUGCUAUGAAACUGUCCAUUUGGAUGGAUAGAGGAAGAUGGUGAGGUGUAUCCCAGGUGUCAGUGGGUGCUCACAAACACAGCAGCCUCCCUGGAACGUGAUCUAACUGUUCUGACUAAUGAGACUUGUAAAAUUACAUAUUUACAGAUAGUCCCCUUCUUAAGAACAUUCUACUUAUGAACAUUCUAUACAUACAAACAAAAUUUUUUAAGUACUAAAGUCCAAAAAAUUGUUUGAAAGAUGCUAGCAAACUUCAAAUUUCCCGGGGCACGAAUACAGUUCAAGAGUCUGGUACUGUAUAAGGUAUGUUGUACUUAUUGGGAAUUAUUUACAGGUAUUCUUAAUGUAAACAAAACUUUAAAACAAUUGGAAAAAAGGUCAUAGAGACCCGACUUUCGACAUACAAACAAUUCAACUUACAAACAGCCUCUCGCUCCCCAUUAUGUUCUUAAGUUGGGGACUUACUGUAUAUAUAUAUACUUCUAGUAUAUUUAUAUGUCCAACUCUUCUUAUUAUAAUCAUCACGUACACUUCAUAAAACCUAAUAUUCAGUGAGUUCUUUCAGAUAUAAUAGUUAAGGUUCAUUACCACAUUAUACAGUUAGUGUAGCUAACAUAGCAUAAACCCAUUCCUUGUGCAAUUUAGACAUCUUUAUUACAGAACUCCCAACUGUUGUGUUUCAGCCUCAAGCUAUGCCUGUAAGCUACAGUUCUCAGGCUUAACCCAUUGCCGCCGGGGAUGGCAUGUACGUACAUGCCAUGCCCAAUGUGAGUCGACUUGUUCAAUUGUUUUUACACAUAGAUGGCAACACUUGUACUAAGUAUCCAGUGAGCCAAUUACGAGUACUGCCUGUCUCGCCCGUUCACCCUUUUCAUCGAUUUACGAAAAUAUUUAACGUUAUCCUAAUUUGCUGUUAAAAAUAACACCAUCUAUAUUUAUAACACUAGUAAAAAUACGUUUCUUCCCACCAAUUCAAGGAAAGGUUAAAGUCAGGACUAGCAGAGCCAUCUAUGGACAGAUAUAAUUCACAAAAAUAUAAAAAAUGAGUACUGCAUUUCUCCCAUUUUCUGUUCGUUUUCCCCGGCGGCAAUGGGUUAAAGUACCUUGAUGAAUGUUUCAUAUUCAUAAGGUAUUUGUAGUUGGACUUUCAAUUUCACUGAUAUGGUCAGGUUAUGUAAUAACUGGAAGAAUAUAUUUUUCUUACUUUUUUGGUACAGGUAGUUUUUUACAUAUUAUAUAUGAAUGUAUGUCCAUACCUGUAAUGUAAAAAAUCAAAUUCUAAUAAAAGAUUAUUAAAGAAAACAUA